GAAUAAAAGAUUUGAGUUCACACUUUUCCAUCUGGGAAAGCAUCUGGAAAGAUGCAGAGCAACCAGCUGGCGAAGGGUAUGACAUAUUCGAAGGUAAAGAGUGAACAGUUUGGUUAGGGUUUUGUGAUAGAUUUUUUGUAUGGGCAGAGAGGGUAGAGUGGGUUACUUUUUCUCUGUGAAAACCCUGACGAUAUAGCCCAUUUCAAUUAGUGGAGGUGAGAGAAUGGAGUGACUGUGGUCGGAGCACAUAGGGGCGUUUGGAGUUCAGUCGCGGGCGCCGUGGGUUUGGAGGUGGGCGUUGGUUGUGGGGAGGGUAGCAUCAACUUUCAUAUGACAUCAGAUAUUUGGUCCUGUUUGAAGUGAGCUUUGGCGAAAAUGGAAGAAAUAUAUCAAGCUGCUGAGUUGGGCCGUUCAGAAUUUCUAAAUAAGAAUAUUAACCUUUGGCAGCAGCUUCCGGGAGGAAAUACAGCCCUGCACAUAGCAGCGUAUCAUGGCCAUUACAAGUUCGUUAAUCUCCUGCUAUCUCCAACUUCACAACCCCCGACGCCAGAUAAGAUGGUAGCUUUCCUGAAACAUCAAAAUAACAGAGGAAACACCAGUCUGCAUGAGGCAGUGAGGGGAGGAGCCCACAUCUUGAUGAUCAAAGAGUUACUUAAUGCAGAAACGAGGUUGAUACGCAGGCUUAAUGGCCUGAACGAAUCGGCAGGACUCCCUGAAGAGUUAAACGCUGAAACGGUGUCGAUACGUAGGCACAGUGACAAGGAUGAAUCGGCAGGACUCUCUGGGAGGUGUAAUGCAGAGAUAGAAUCGACAGCCGAGACGAGCAACACGUUUGAACCGGCAAGACUCCCUGGGGAGUUAAACGCAGAAACGGGAGUUAUAGACAUGCGCAACACGGAGGAUGAAUCGGCCCUUUUCACUGCAGCUGCCACCGGUCGUCUCCGCAUCGUAAACUUUCUUUUGCAGAGGGGUUGUGCCGUAUACGUAACAUCAAGAGGUGAAACACCUUUACACUAUGCACUGGACAGUGAACAUUAUGGUGUGCUGGAGUCAUUGCUAGAAAGAAAACUUUGGUCCGUAUCACAGGCCGAUGAUAAUCGUGGCUGGACAAUACUGCAUAUUGCUGCAUCUAAGCGUAAUUGUCCUCAGAGUGUUGUACGCACGAUUUUGGAAGCUGAUCCUUCAUUGUGUUACAAAACUGACAAAGUCCACGAACAGAGGGCGCUUCACAUAGCAGCGGAGCAGGGAAACACCAGAAUUGUGAGCACCAUUCUCAAGUUUGGGAGACCGUCUGUAGAUAUAGUAGAUAGAGACGGCCGCACUGCUCUGCAGCGGCUUUUGAAAACGCUCAGUUUUAUGUUUUCAUUGUACUGUUAAAACGGAUGCAGAGGCUUUUGAAUGUUACUGAUAAAAAUGGUAGGACCGCACUCGACAUAGCACUUCACAAAUCUGGUGGAGGGAAACAUACAUUUUGGUACGAGCAGAUGAUAUACUUAUUCUCAAGAAGAAGUGCAGAAGAGUCGUGGAAGAUAAAGGAAGAGAGAAAGGCGGAGUCUCAAGAGUGGUCAAACGUCGAAGCAGGUCAAGCAAUCAACGGUAUUUCUAUAAACGCUGUACUAAUCGCUACAGUUACUUUCGCAGCAGCGUUCACCCCGCCAGGAGGAAGUCAGUCCAAUGGCAAAAAUAAAGGGGAGACUACCGCUUUCAAAGCAUUCAUAGCGUCAGACGCUGUUGCAUUCUGCACUUCUAUAAUAGCAGCAAUUCUUCUGGCUUAUGCACGAGGUAUAGGGAGCGCAACUGCUAUUUCCCUAAGCGCAAGAUUGUUACCUAUAGCUCUCUAUUCGAUGAUGGCUUCCUUUAUUUUGGCGAUAUGGAUGCUUGUAGCUUCCCAGGUUUUGUGGUUGGCAGUGUUUGUCAUAGCGGUGGGGUUUAUAACUUUCACGUUAACUUUUACUGUGAGUAUGACUUAACUCAACCCUAUAGCUUUAUUAUUAGCGGAAGCUUUUAAUCAGUUUGAGAGCCAUUGUCCGGAGGGUAUUUUUUAAUUCCACGGCUCAGGGUCGAAAACGGGAAAAUAGUUUUGAGAGCCCCCUUCUUCAUAGCCCCUCUUCUCUUCUUUUUCCCUCUUUUGGCUCUAUAUAAAGGUCUAGAAAAAUUAUUAUAGGCCUAUGCUGUUGGAACUCUAUCUAUAGAUUUCCAUUCUUAUAUGUAAUAUGCUUGAUAGACCAUUUUAUUCCUUCUAUUUGUUCUAAGAUGCUUUAAUCUUCAUCAGCAAUGGUUGUAUUG